ACCGAGAUUCGGUUCCGGAGACUCAACCGGAACCGUCCGGAUCGAAAAAAAGUACACGCCGGAGAAGCCACAAAGCCAAAAGCACGUUGACCGAGGCGGCACGGUCAAUCCAAAAGUGGACGCCGGAGGAGGAGUGCAUAUUGGCGUCGGCGUGGGUUGACGUCUCCGAGCAUCCUAUCAUUGGUUAAAAAUUUAUUUUUUGUAAUAUAUUUAUGUUUUUAUUUUUAUAUAUUAUAUUUAAUGGACGGCUCCUACCGAACCCGGGUUGGGUUGACGUCUCCGAUGAAGAAGGACGGCUCCUACCGAACCCGGGACCAACUCACUUCCAAAUGGAGCCACAUCAACAAAAAAGUCCAAAAGUUUAAGAGAGUUUACGAGGGAUGCUCCCGGUCCCGGAGGAGCGGCACGAACGACGCCGAUGUUCUCCGUCUUGCCACGACCCGGUAUCAAGACGACGGGAACCAAGGCAAGGUGCCCAUCGAUCUUUGGAGGAUUUUGAGUCGUUCCCCGAAGUGGCAACAACUCAACAAUCCCGACGGCGGAUCGUUCCGGAAAAGAUCCACCGUCGACGCCGAGGUUGAGGUCGACGAGACUAUCGGUUCUAGCGAUCAAAUCCCUCCCUUCAACGUUGCGGAUUCCGAUGAUGAGGACCCCAUUCCACGGCCGAUCGGAAGAAAGAAGGCAAAAUCCAUUGCCUCGGGUUCGGGAGGGUCCGCCUCUGUUUCCGCUUCUCCCCGCGACGAAAUCGGCCGGGCAAUGAUUAAACAACUUCGGGCGUUCAAUCUCCAAGAACAANAGAGAGGUUGAAGCUAAAGGAGAAGGAGUUGAAGCUAAAGGAGCAGGAGGCUGAGAUGAAAGUCAUGCAAACCGACCCCGGGACGUUGUCGGAGUUUGGACGAAUGAUCUAUGAGCAAAGAAUGAGAGAGAUCAAGGAGAAAUAUAAUUUACCUUAGUUUUUUUAUUAAUGUAUCGUUUUUUAAAUUAUUGACGCUUUUUUUAUUUAAUGAAUGUAUUUUUUUAUUAUUCGUGUUUCAAUUUAAUUAAAUAAUAAAUUAAUUACAUUUUAUUAAUUUAAUUUUAGAAGAUGUAUAUUUAAAAAUGUAAAAAAUGAAGGUUUGAAGCCCAG